UACUAAAACUACUUUUUUCAUCGCAUUACCCUACUCUCUACUCUCUACUGUCUACUCUCUACUCCUCGAUCCCUCACUGCUUCUUCGGAUUCCAAACAAGCCCUUCAUUUCCCACUCUCUAUUAUUAUUUAUACUACAACCCCUAAUUCCCUCAACUUUUACUGUACUCAUAUACUUAUAUAUAUACACCCCCAUACACACCUCAGUUCAUUAUCUAACCAAGAAGAAGGGUUUUAAGAGAGAGAGAGAGAGAGCGAAUAAUUAAAAGGCCCUUGCCUUCACCUUUGGUGUCCAAAGAUAUUGCUAGAGAGAAGAACUAGUUGUUCAAUUAGCUUCUUCUUCUUCUUCUUCUUCCACCCUUCUUGUUUGAGUAAAUUAAGAAGCUUGAGAUCAGACAUGUCGAGCUGCAGCAUCGAUGUUGCGCCUGAGCAACUCUGCUACAUCCCCUGCAACUUCUGCAAUAUUGUUCUUGCGGUGAGUGUUCCAUGCAGUAGCCUGUUUGACAUUGUGACCGUUCGAUGUGGGCACUGCACCAAUCUAUGGUCCGUGAACAUGGCCGCCGCGUUUCAGUCACUGUCAUGGCAAGAUGUUCAGGGAUCUGGGCACUGCAAUCCAGAGUACAGGAUUGACACUGGCUCCACGUCCAAAUGCAACAAUAGGAUUGCAAUGCGUGCGCCCACCACUCAUGUAACUGAGGAAAGGGUUGUGAACAGGCCUCCCGAGAAGAGGCAGCGCGUACCUUCUGCUUAUAACCAGUUUAUAAAGGAAGAGAUUCAGAGGAUCAAAGCCAAUAAUCCUGAUAUCAGUCAUAGAGAAGCUUUCAGUACAGCUGCAAAGAACUGGGCACAUUUUCCCCAUAUUCAUUUCGGGCUGAUGUUGGAGAGCAACAACCAAGUUAAGAUGGAGAAUGUUUCUGAGAAGCAUUUAAUGUCAAGGGCUGCGCUAUUGAAUAAAUGAAUGCUAUCUUCAUCAUAUCACAGGACUUGGGUUUCAUUUGAAUCUGUCAAGUAAACAAUGUCCUGACCUAAAAGGAGUUUUAAGGACAAUCAUCUCUUUUUCUUCGUUAGUGUACUUGUCACUACUUACUACUUGUUCAAUGGAUGCUUUUCACUUAAUUUGAAGCAAGAAUGCUAGUUUUCCCUUGUCAUCUUUCAAUAAGUUCUAUCUUCUAGCUGAUUCAGAUGAAAGAUGAAAUAUGUAUGCUACUGUUUUAAGCUCGAUGGCGAGAACAUUUAUCAUCAUAUUUUUUGGUAAUACUAAUAAACUUUUAAGUUAAUUUGUUAA